AUGACUGAGUCAGAAAUGGUCAUCAGUCAUAAUCUAAUUUGUCAAAAAAAGUCCGUUUCGUAUGGCUGUGCACAUACAUGGCAUUCAGCACCGCAUGAGUAUUCAAAUCCAAAUCGGUUUCAACAAUCUAUUUUAUGCAUUGAUUCACCUGCCUUCAUUCCAACAGAUGAAAUUUUAGUGGAAGGGAAACCAGCAACAAAUAUCAGCAUGGUUUCAAUGAAACAUUAUUUAUUUGAUGCAAAAUCUACAUUUUGUUUUCCAGGACUCUUUUCAUCUCAACAACAAAUAGUAUUAACAAUUAAUCCAUCAGAAUUUCACUCAAAUGCAUCUGCAGUUCUGGUCUUCGCCUUUAACUUAAAUGAUGAAUUAUUGUUUGUACACCACAAAAAACGAGGAUGGGAAUUACCGGGUGGUAAAAUUGAAAUAAAUGAAAAUGAAAUACAAGCUUGUAUUCGAGAAACAUUUGAAGAAAGUUAUUGUGAAUUAGAGGAAAGUUCUUUACAGCCUAUAGCUCAAUAUAAAAUCAUCGAUAACGAUAAUAUUGGUGAUGUUCAUAUUAAAUCUGUCUAUGCUGCACGAGUUAAAUUAGAAUAUCAAGACUGCCCUUUUGACCAUGAAACGAAACAGCGAAAAUUCGUUUCACCGCUCGAUUGGUUGACAAUUUUAAAUGAAAGUUAUAGUAUAUUAUUACACGAUGAUGUUUACCCAAUAUGUUUAGAAAUUACUAAACAUAAACUAAACAUCAGUACUACUAAUUAA